AUGAACCACGUGCUCAAGAAAGGGUUUGUCAAGAGGACCCAGAACCUACACAAGUUUGCUAGGGUAAAUGCUUGCAUACAAACUCGGAUGCAGAAGGAGAACGAGCAAACAAUGACCAGCAUGACCAAUCCUGUGACAAAAAUAACUUACGGCUACGAGGAAGACAUGUCUAUCAAGUACACUAGAGCCGUGUACACCAAGAUGAGGACUAGGAUGAGAAAAGCCACGCUAUUUCGCGCAAAGCCUACAGCAGAGCCCACUAAGUACCUUGUGUACUACCACAACAAGGCUGGCCAUGAUGAUGAAGAAAGAUUUUCCAGGUCAAAGCAUGAAUUCCAGGUUGUAGCUGACCCAAAGAAUGAAAUAUACAAGUGUCAAUGCAAGCUUUGGACACACACAGGCCUGUUCUGCCAUCACAUCAUGAACAUACUGGACUACCUGAAGCCUGACAAAUUUCCACACAAGUAUGUCCUCAAAUGGUACACAAAGACUGCAAAAUCACAACCAACCUUUGAUACAAGGGACUACAACACAACUGCAUCGGGUGGCAGCUCAAGACUAUCGAAGCAAGACAUCUUGCUGCAGCUAAAUUUGAUGGUUAACAAGAAAGCGAUGAGAUAUGACCAGCAAUAUGACAGAGCCUUCUAUGUUCUCAAGAGGCUGGUGGAAGAGCUUGAUGCAAUACAUUCAGCAAAUCGAGCGGAUUCUGACGAAAGGAUGGCUGAAGAGGAUGCUGAAAUUGAAGAUGACCUUCAUUAUUAUGCAGCUGAAAUGCUCAACGCCGCUGCUCAAGCCAACCACUGCAAGCAGGGUGUUGACCAAUUAAUGCAGCAGCGGCAGCAAGAGACGAUGAAACUGCCGCUGUACUAUGAAACAAAGGGUAGGAAGAAAAUUUCUGCAGCAAAGAAAAGUGACAAGAGAGCUCAAAUAAAGGUUGCAGGACACAACAAGCUCACCUGUCCAACACUCUUAGAAAGAAACAAUGCCGAGGAGUUCAAGCAACCCAAAGUUCAAAAACAGCGGCCCAAAGUUAUAGAACAAAAGAACGGACCACACCCACAGAAAGCAAGCAGCAGACUUUGUAGAAUAUGCAAGGAGUAUGAACCACAUAAUGCAAGAACAUGCCCGAAGCGCGCAGAUGCUGAAAAGACAAGCAAAAAGCCAGAGAAGAAACAGAAAGCAAAACCUAGAGCCAGCAACAAGAAAGUGGUGGAAGAUGAAGAGGAAGACGAAGAUGAAGACACCAUCGAAGAAGAGGAAGACGAAGUGGAAUGCGAGGAGUAA